AUGACGACCGAAGCGAAUGAUCGUUUCCCUCUGCAUACCGCAGCCAGGCAAGGCCAAGAUCCGAAACUAUCCAAGAAGGUGGACGAUGAUGGACGAUAUGCCAUCCACUGGGCGGCUUCCGCCAACAAUCUAGAAAUUGUUUCUCUUUUGGCGGAACAGCCCAAAUUUGAUGCUGACAUCGAGGACGGGAGUGGAUGGACCCCUCUCAUGAUCUCAGCCAGCGUUCCCGACAACGAGCCCGUCCUCACACUUCUUAUCAGCAAAGGAGCGGAUUCUGCCCUCCAUUUUGUAGCUUCCAAGAAGAACCUCGACAUUGCCCGCCUUCUUAUUGACAGCAAGGCUUCAACGCGCGUUCGCGACCGCCGUGGGCAAUAUCCUAUCCACCGUGCUGCUGCUGUGGGCUCCGCGCCCAUGGUUGCCCUCCUGCUUCAGAACAAGAGCCCGCUGAAUGCAACCGACAAUGAAGGCUAUACGCCACUUCAUCAUGCUAUUGCCGAAGGCCACGGAGACACUGCUGUAGCAUUGCUCAAAGCCGGGGCCGACUUUUCACUCAAAACCAUCGAGGACAAGCUAGCUAUCGAUUUAGCCCCAGACAAGGAGGCAAGUGUACGCCGCUAUAUAAUACAAGGUGCUGAGAGAGAAGGUAUCGAGCUGGGAGACAGCUAG